AUGCCCGUUUCUACCGCUUCAGCGGCAGUCCACAUCGCGCCAGUUGUCCUAAAGACUUUCAUUGACCAUCCGAAGCAGAGGAAGAAGAGGGAGAAGGAGGGCAAGGAGGCCCCGCAAGAUGACAUCCUCUUUCACCAGGCAUUCAACAUUGUCAAAGCUUUCAUUGAUCUUGGGACUAAGAACACCGUCGAAUCUCUGCAAGCAUUCACCAACACACACAUUCCUUCACCCUACUGGGCUGCGACUGUCCCAGUAACCAUCCCACUGACAACAUGCAACGAGGCUGCUGAUGUCUUGAUUGACUGGUUUGGCCCUGACGACUUGAAGCACGUUGUGGGUGGCGAACGAUGGUGGCAGGUCCGCGGUCUCGACGGCGUUGAUGGGGAAUGGAUUGCAGAACGAGAACACUUCGACGAAAAGGCAGAUGUGGCCAAAGGUCGAAAGAUUGGCAGGAGUGAAGAAGACAUUCUGAGAAUGGAACAACUAGAGUCAGUCAUGCUUUACGUGCAUGGUGGGGGCUACUUCUGGGGAAGCAUCAAUACGCACAGGUUCCAAAUCCUACGCUAUGCGCGUAAGUUCCGCGGGAGAGCCUUUGCAGUCAACUAUCGAAAGGCUCCCCAGUACCCAUGGCCUUGUCCAGUCCAGGAUGUUCUCGCAGCGUACUUUUACUUGAUCCGCCCACCUCCAGGAGCAGUCCAUUCUCCCGUGUCGCCUAAUAAGAUUGUUCUGGCCGGUGACUCUGCUGGAGGAGGAUUAUGUCUGUCCUUAUUGACGAUUUUACGCGACAUGGAACUCCCGAUGCCAGCUGGAGCUGUCCUGAUCAGCCCAUGGGUGGACUUGACGCAUAGUUUUCCCAGUGUGAUGCAAAACACGGAAACUGUAGGCUAUUCUCUCCUUCCUUGCAGCACCGCACUAUCUGAUCUGUCCUGUCAGGAUAUCAUCCCACCUCACGGAUUCCUUGCCAAACCUUCUGCCCUCUGGCCAGUUGACCCCAAUGCAGGCAAUGGUCCACGGAUAGUCCGGUCUGAGACGAACCCGCCGCCUAAGCCGGGCCACGCCGAUACCCUCAAGCCAACGGAAGGACGUGAGAAGAUCAUGGAGGAGACGAGGGAUAUCCCUCAAGGCGGGUAUCCCGUUGAAACCCAAGAAGAAAUGCUGGACAAAUACCCGGACAAAGCUAACCCUGAAGUGCACGAAGUUGAAGACGCGUGGUCCAAACCCCAGAGCCCUGAGGAUGAUGAGAUUGAAGAAGUACCUUCUGCAACUGUAGACGAAGGAUGUCGCGAAGAGCUCGAGAAUGACCCCGAGGGUUGGGAACCCAAGCCUCCCAAAGUGUUGAUGGAGAACUCGAGUGAGGUUCCACUCGAGCUGCGUUCACAGAUUCAAGUAUACGCUUUGACUGAGCAACUCACGCACCCUCUCGUUUCACCCACAUUGCAAGGUUCUUUAGGGAAUCUGCCUCCCCUAUACAUUAUCGCCGGGGAUGGAGAGGUGUUGCGCGACGAGAUCAUAUACCUGGCUCAUCGUGCUGCCCAUCCAAGCGAGUUCCCUGCUCGAAAAGGUCUGGUUCGGGAUUCGCAGAGGCAGAAGGAGAAUGUCAAGAACUUCACUAAACCUACAAAGGUCCAUCUCCAAGUCUUCGACGGGAUGUGUCACGUCUUAACUGUCUUCAUGUUCGCCAGCAGCACAAGAUAUGCAUAUCGCUCUAUCGCAGAGUUCGUCAAGCACGUCACACAGAAUGAAUCUGCUUACAUCGACCGUGUACCUUUCCCCGAGUUUCACUGGUCACCAGAUGGCGUCAAAGGACCCCAGAAAGGAGAUUCCAGGGAAAGGGAACGGGACGAGAAAGAUGCGGCUGGCCUUUUCCAGCAAAAUGAGGAGCUCGCUGGUAAUGCAGUAAUCUCGAGCAAACCCUCGGUGGAACGUGAUCUUAACCGCCAUGAAACUCCAAGCAAAGCGGGAGGGGAGAUAGAACAAGGUGGUAUCCCAGACGUGUUCAUGGUUUGUGAGCGCGUGGACAUACAUGCUCGAGUCAGGCAUAUGGAACCCAGAGACGAAAUCCCCUGCCUCAAAAUCCCUCCCAGUCAAAUUGGCGUCAUUAAGGAAGCACCCGCCAUGCGUUGGUACCGCGGUCAAGAGAAAUGGGACAAGAGAUUCAAAGCGACAGCGUCUCGGGUGGUGGCCAAGAGAGUCAAACUCAAGGCCAAAUCUGAGCGUAUUUUAAGAAAUGCAUUGGAUCAAGGGCUAGUCCAUCCAGCGUUCCCGGAGACGAUCCAUAUACCCGAAUUGGGGGACGAGAAGACCGGGGGUUCGACGUUGGCCAGGCAGAACUCUAUAGGUGCUGUCCAGGAGCAUCGCCGGUGGGGACCUCUGGAUUUGGGCGAGGAGAGGCCUCCACCCUCAGCUAUCGCUGGCCGGAGAGACACUCCCGAAGCACUUGCUCUACUUCGAAAGUGCAUCUACCACACCGCACCAGUAACACACCAAACUGUUCCUCGUUUGAAGAAAUCGGAUGUCCUUCGUGCUGCGUUCGACCCGCACGAUGAUCCUAAUGCACCACCCAAGCAAUCGGUUUCGGAGGAACAAGUCCAGCCGACUCCCGCUACAGCUAUGCAUGGCCUCCGCAUGUGGGACAAGAUUUUAACAUAUCUGGGGCGGAAGAGUGCCGCCAAGGCUUCCGACGGGAUUAAAUCGACCGUCGACACGGUCCAACGCGUUUCUGGCGUUUCGAAUUCGCGAGAGACCCCAUCUCCAGAAGAACUUAACGCUAAGUAA